AGCUCUUUAGAUAAGGCUCCUGAAGGUUCAGUCUGCUCUGUGGCUCCUAGUAAAAGAAGAAUCUCUAAAUUAUAGAAGCUUAAGUCCAUUUACCAUUUAAAUCCAGAGACCAGAGCAGGCGGGAGAGGAUGGCUGGAAGAGAGGACAACCAAAGACACAAAGAGACAGGCGCAGAAGAAAAGCCAAACAGUUCAGGGCUUCAAUCUAACAGCCAACGUAAUGGCGCAAGACAAAAAUCACAGCGAGACCUUUAUCUUGGAUGUCUAACAAAGCAACAGCUGAUAAUGAUAUCUGUGGCUGUUGGACUUGUCGUCCUGCUGGUUAUCGGUUCUGUCACGGCUGUGGUUUUGAUCAGGAAGUCGGACUCCUCAGCUCCUCUCUCCUCAUUUUCAACUGGUGGAGACAUGCUGGACUUCCUGGUUCAGUCGGGUGUUAUCAGCAAACAAGAUGGCCUCUUGGCAUCCUGGUUUCACAGAGCCAACCGCAAAGAAGAAAUGAACAAAGCGCUCACAAGCGAUUCCAUGAUUCUGGAGGCAGAUGUCACUCUGGAGGGUUAUGGAACACCCAAUGAGAAGCCAAUCCCGAUCAUGGCCCACCCUCCCGACAUAUACAGUGACAACACUCUGGACCAAUGGUUGGAUGCUGUGCUAGCCUCUAGAAAAUGCAUUAAAUUGGAUUUUAAGUCUCUGGCAUCUGUGGGUCCUUCAUUGGACCUGCUGAGAAUGAAGAACAGCACCAGUGGAAUGAACAGACCUGUAUGGCUUAAUGCUGACAUCCUCCGGGGUCCUAAUGUACCAGCAUUCAUGCCUCAAGUCAAUGGAACCAGAUUUCUAGAGUUAAUUCAGGAGAAGUUCCAGGAUGUGACUUUGUCCCCUGGAUGGAUGGUGGCCUAUUCUCCCCCACUUUUCACUCAAACCUACACCAGGCUCAUGGUGGAAGACAUGUAUGAUAUGAUCAAAGAUGUCCCCCAAAAGGUGACGUUUCCAGUCCAUGCCCUGUUGGUUCAGAGAGGCUGGCAGCACAUCAACUGGCUGCUUAGUCAGUCACCACGGUUCAGUCUGACGUUAUGGCAGGGUUCAAUUCACCCAAACAUCAGUGACCUGCUGUUUGUUCGAGACAACUCCCACCCUGCCAGAGUCUACUACGACAUCUAUGAACCGACGCUGUCUGAAUUCAAACAGGCCGCAAGGCAGCAGGGUCGGGUCAGGAGAUUCUAUCCUGGAGGAGACCUGAUGGACUUCCUCUUUCCUGCUCACACCUCAGACCUCCACCUCAUGUCAACAGUCACACAACACAACAGUGAGGAGGUCCGUUGGUUUACAGUCAGAGAUCUGCCCUCCUUGAUGGCCCAGCUUACAGGUGCUGCUGCUGGUAUGUUGGUAGUUCAGGUGUCUUCUGACAGUGAACCAGCUGGAGUCCCUCUUGUGGAAGGUUCUGGAGAGAGCUCCCUCACACUGCAGGACGUCCUGUUGCUACUCGGGCAGAGAACUGAGGCACCCUGGGGUGUUCACCUGCGGAUCUGCACUCAGCAGCUUCUGGAGGCUUCUCUCAAACUGUUGCACUCCGCCUACAGCAGAGAGGAGCUCUACAGGCCGGUCUGGAUCAGCAUGGAGGGGGUACAGAGCAACACAAAGGACAAGGAAACGUGGAGAGGACUUACAGAGUUUGUAUCCACUGUGGAGAGGCUGUUUCCGUACGUCACUCUCGUCCAUCAGGAGCAGAACUGGCCCCCUCAGGUCCCAGCGACACUGAGCACCGUGUCUCAGAGGGUGGCUGUACAUCUGAACACACUGCCACACGGACGGAAGGGACUUAACUCUCUGAAGAAAACGAUGGACAGAUAUGACCUCAUUUUAGAGGAGGACACAAAACACCCUGCCGGAGCUUUUAGAGACUUCAGAAGACUGAAGACGGAGUGGAGAGGGGGAAGAAACACAAACCUGUACAUGAUAUCUGACCCCUCCUGACUGAGCAACCCAAAACUACAACACUCAAAGAGGAACGUGUCCUUAUCUU